AUCCUGGUUUUUGCAAUUAAAAUCAUAGCAUAUGGAAAUUAUAAUGAACUUAUAAAGAUGUUAUUAUUAUAAUUUGUUAUUGGAUCGAUAUAAAAAGGAGCCAUCAAGUAAUUCUAAAAAUCAGGACCUAAAGCAUGAAAGAAUGGCAGAGCAUCUUCCAAUAGCAGUAGAGGAUCAUGAGAUCUUAGGGGAAUACAUUAGGAUUGAUCAGAAACUGCUUCCAACUGACAAACAGGAUCUUGAGAUGAAACAGCAGACUGAAAUUCAGGAAACAAAGGAUCUGGACAAGCUAACCGAGAAUCACAAGCAACAGCAGGAUGUGGGGAGCCAGUUGCCACGUAGGCAUCCCAAUGGCGGCGCCUCCCAAUCGACUCAAGUGCGUCCAAGUCGCGUGACGCCACCCAUGCCGUCGGAGGAAACGAUGCGCCACUCCAUAGCCGACAACCUGAUGGAGAUCCUGUUAAAUAUGACUAAUCCGCAGCAUCGGCAGCGGUGCUUUUCCCUCUUGCAGGUGGGCGAUGCUCUGCAGGCACGCAGUCGCAUCCUGGCCGUCCUGCAGCAAAUCGACGAGAGGCGCACGACUCGCAGAUGAAUUAUCUACAUCAAAGUUAUCCAUCUACAAAGUCUGGUAUAUCUUAAUCAUAAUCAAAACUUAUAAUGCCUUUGA